CGGCUCGCGGGCAGCCACGAACCUUCGCCACUGCCGGGUCUCAGUGGGUGCCUGCGCCCGUGCCUCACCCGCCUGCCCAGGUCGUCCCGAGGCUCGCUUCGCCGGCCGCCGGUGCUCCACGGCGCUGCCCAUGGCCAAGCCCGAGAGCCGACUUCGGGCGCCAGACCGGCUGGAAGGUGGCGCGGCUCAGUAAUCGGAAGCCGGCGACACUCAUGUGUCAGUGAUCUGGAGGCAUCCCUCGCGGCAGCGCUUCAUGACCCAGCGGCGCCCCGCCCAGUGAAGCCACCGUGGUGUCCAGCAUGGCCGCGCUGCUCCUGGGCGCGGUGAUGCUGGUGGCCCAGCUCCAGCUAGUGCCUUCCCGCCCCGCCGUGCCCGGGGCCGAGCUGGGCCAGCCGGAGCUUGUGAGGAAAGCGGCGACCUUGCAGGGCGAGAUCCGGGAAGGCGCGGCCCCCAACGGCUCCGCCCAGCAGCUGCCGCAGACCAUCAUCAUCGGUGUGCGCAAGGGCGGCACACGCGCGCUGCUGGAGAUGCUCAGCCUGCAUCCCGACGUGGCGGCCGCCGAGAACGAGGUGCACUUCUUCGAUUGGGAGGAGCAUUACAGCCAAGGCCUGGGCUGGUACCUCAGCCAGAUGCCCUUCUCCUCCCCGCACCAGCUCACGGUGGAAAAGACCCCCGCGUACUUCACGUCGCCCAAAGUGCCUGAGCGGGUCCACAGCAUGAACCCGUCCAUCCGGCUGCUGCUCAUCCUGCGGGACCCGUCAGAGCGCGUGCUGUCCGACUACACCCAAGUGUUCUACAACCACGUGCAGAAGCACAAGCCCUACCCGUCCAUCGAGGAGUUCCUGGUGCGCGAUGGCCGGCUCAACGUGGACUACAAGGCUCUCAACCGCAGCCUGUACCACGUGCACAUGCAGAACUGGCUUCGCUUCUUCUCGCUGCGCCGCAUCCACAUCGUGGACGGCGACCGCCUCAUCAGGGACCCCUUCCCCGAGAUCCAAAAGGUCGAGAGGUUCCUGAGGCUGUCGCCGCAGAUCAAUGCCUCGAACUUCUACUUUAACAAAACCAAGGGCUUUUACUGCCUGCGGGACAGCGGCCGGGACCGCUGCUUACACGAGUCCAAAGGCCGGGCGCACCCCCAAGUCGACCCCAAGCUCCUCAAUAAACUGCAUGAAUAUUUUCACGAGCCAAAUAAGAAAUUCUUCGAGCUUGUCGGCAGAACAUUUGACUGGCACUGAUUUGCGAUAAGCUAGGCUCGGAACCUUUCCUAUUGUAAGUUCUAGUGUACAUCUAGGGGGGAAAAAGAAUUUUAAAAGGGCAUUUAAGCUAUAAUUUAUUUGUAAAAUCCAUAAAUUACUUCUGUACAGUAUUAGAUUCACAAUUGCCAUAUAUACUAGUUAUAUUUUUCUACUUGU